AUGGCGGAGAAGAAAGACCAUUGGUCCUCUGAGGCAUAUCAACACUCAGCCUCCUUCGUGCCGAAGCUCGCUACAAAGAUCUUACAGUGGCUCGACCCACAGAAGGACGAUGUGAUUCUGGAUAUCGGUUGUGGUGUUUGCUCCAAUGCUUACCAUAUCUAUAAUUCAGACGGCGUGGUCAAUAUCCAGUUGCAAGAAAUCCUAGCCCAGGGCAGCGGUAGCAUCCAUGGCACGGACUCAUCGCCGGCUAUGAUCGAGGCAGCGACACAAGCAGCUGGCAAGGCCGGUGCAUCAAAAUGUACCUUCGAAGUCGUCGACGCCCUCGAACUAGCGCAGGCGCAACACUUACAGCGCGGGCACUUCACCAAGAUCUUCUCUAACGCAGCACUCCACUGGGUCUUCGGAUCAUCUAGGGGCGACACAGAGCGCCAAGCCUCCGUAUUCCGCGCAGCACGAGACGCCCUAGCUCCCGGCGGCACCUUCGCGUUCGAGAUGGGCGGCCUCGGUAACGUAGGCGAGAUCCGGGCCGCGCUGCUGGGAGCCGUAGCGCGACGCAUCGGGCUCUCUAAGGCAAUCGAGCAUGACCCGUGGUUCUUCCCCGACGAGGCGUGGGCCACGGAUAUGCUGGAGAAUAAAGUUGGAGGGUGGAAGGUCGAGAGGGCGGAGCGCGAGUAUCGUCCUACGCGGGCUGAUGCGGGUGGUGUAGAGGGGUGGGUGAGAUUAUUUGGAGCGCAGUUUUUUGAGGCGCUGAGCGAGGGGAAGGAGAGGGAGGAGUGCAUUAAGGAGGUGGUAGAUGUUUUGGAGUUUGUGUGUAAGAAUCCGAGCGGUGGGUUUCAUCUGGGAUAUGUGAGGUUGAGGGUUUUGGCGAGGAAGCUGUGA